CGCCGGCUACUUGACAGUGAGCAGGCUGAGUCAGCCGGCUCGUUACGCAGCGUCAGUCUGGAGUCGCUCAAUUAUGAAAAAGCAACCUUCCGUUGGAGCUGCAGCCAAAGCGGAUCUCUCCAACGUCCAACUGGCUUUCAUUCCAAGGCUAACCGAGAGCACCGGCGAUAGAUGGAUAGAAGCCACGACGGAGCUCUUCCUGAAUCUGAACGGUGAAGAGAAUGUCCCAGAAACCCUGGAUAGAAGUCACUUUCACCAAGAGGGAAUGUGUGUACAUACUUCCAGUGUCAAAGGACCCCCACAGAUGCCUUCCAGGAUGCCAGAUUUGCCAACAGCUUGUGCGGUGCUGUUGUGGUCGGCUGGUGCGGCAGCACGCUGGCUUCACUGCCAGCUUGGCCACAAAGUACUCCGAUGUGAAGUUGGGUGAAAACCCCAACCCGCCUAUGCCUGAGCUGGAGGAGUGGUCCGUGGAAAAGCACACAGAAGCGAGCCCCACUGACGCUUAUGGCGUCAUCAACUUCCAGGGAGGGUCUCACUCCUACAGAGCCAAGUAUGUGCGUUUGUCUUAUGACUCGCGGCCGGAGAGCGUCCUGCGGCUCAUGCUGAAGGAAUGGCACAUGGAGCUCCCCAAGAUCCUCAUCUCUGUCCACGGAGGAGUUCAGAACUUUGAGCUGCACCCUCGCAUCAAGCAGGUGGUGGGCAAGGGCCUCAUCAAAGCUGCAGUCACCACCGGGGCCUGGAUUCUGACUGGAGGGGUCAACACAGGUGUGGCAAAGCAUGUGGGAGAUGCUCUCAAAGAACACUGUUCAAGAUCGGCAAAGAAAAUUUGUACUAUUGGGAUUGCACCGUGGGGAGUCAUUGAAAACAGGAACGAUCUCAUUGGUAAAGAUAUAAUAGCUCCAUAUCAGACGCUGCUGAACCCCCUGAGCAAACUAAACGUUCUCAACAAUCUGCAUUCCCAUUUCCUGCUUGUGGAUGAUGGGACGGUGGGCAAGUACGGAGCCGAAGUGAAACUGCGCCGGGAUCUGGAGAAGCACAUCAACCUGCAGAGAAUACACGCACGAAUCGGUCAGGGUGUUCCCGUUGUGGCACUGAUCUUUGAAGGCGGUCCCAACGUCAUCCUGAAUGUUCUGGAGUACCUCCAGGAAACCCCCCCUGUGCCCGUGGUGGUGUGCGAGGGGACGGGUCGCGCUGCCGACAUACUGGCCUACGUCCACAAGCAGACAGAAGAGGGGGGUGGUCUUCCUGAUGGAGUUGAAACGGAUAUCAUAGCAACCAUCAAGAAGACCUUCAAUUUCAGCCACAGCGAUGCCAUCCAUCUCUUCCAGAUGCUGAUGGAGUGCAUGAAGAGCAAAGAACUGAUCACUGUGUUUGACAUCAGCUCAGAGGAACAACAGGACAUUGAUGUAGCCAUCCUAAAGGCUUUGCUCCAAGGUACAAACUUGUCCCCCUUCGAUCAGCUGGUCCUGACUCUGGCCUGGGACCGUGUAGACAUUGCCAAGAACCACGUGUUUGUGUAUGGACAGCAGCUGCUGGUGAGUUCUUUGGAGCAAGCCAUGCUGGACGCACUCGUGAUGGACAGAGUGGACUUUGUCAAGCUGCUGAUAGAAAACGGUGUGAGCAUGCACCGCUUCCUAACAAUCAAUCGGCUGGAGGAGCUCUACAACACGAAACAAUCUCCAAACAACCCAACUCUCCUUCAUCUGGUUAGAGAUGUUAAACAGAGUAAUCUGCCUCCCAACUACAAAAUCACUUUGAUUGAUGUUGGCCUGGUAAUUGAAUAUUUGAUGGGCGGGACUUACAGGUGCAACUACACCAGAAAACGCUUCCGAAUAAUUUACAACAAUCUCCAUGGCAACAAUAGAAGGUCUGGGCGCCACGCAGUGGGUCCCGGUUCUCAUUUCAGGAAAAAUCACGAGGCUUUCAGCAUGCAAGCUGACAAGAAGGAGAAAACGCGGCACAACCACUUUAUCAAGACUGCACAGCCGUACAAACCCAAGUUGGACUCCUCUGCUGAGCAAAACAAGAAGAGAAGCAAAGAGGAGAUUGUGGACAUUGAUGACCCUGAGACCCGGCGUUUCCCCUACCCUUUCAACGAACUCCUCGUGUGGGCAGUGUUGAUGAAGAGGCAGAAAAUGUCUCUCUUCUUCUGGCAGCAUGGAGAAGAGAACAUGGCGAAGGCUUUGGUGGCCUGUAAACUCUGCCGCUCCAUGGGCUACGAGGCAAAGAAGAGCGACGUGGUGGACGACACCUCAGAUGAGCUAAAGGACUACUCAAAUGAUUUUGGAACGCUGGCGGUGGACCUUCUGGAGCAGUCGUUCCGGCAGGAUGAAACGAUGGCCAUGAAGCUUCUAACCUACGAGCUGAAGAACUGGAGUAACUCCACCUGUUUGAAGUUGGCUGUGUCCUCCCACCUGCGUCCUUUUGUCGCUCACACCUGCACUCAGAUGCUGCUGUCUGACAUGUGGAUGGGCCGCCUGAACAUGCGCAAGAACUCCUGGUACAAGGUGAUUCUGAGUAUCUUGGUGCCUCCUGCCAUCCUGCUUUUGGAGUACAAAUCCAAGGCUGAGAUGGCUCACAUCCCUCAAAGUCAGGACGACCACCAGAUGACCAUGGAGGACAGUGAGCACAACUUCCAGAACCUUCAUGAAGACAUCCAAAUGGAUGUUUUCAAAGAGGCCAGGUCACAUGACCAUGUAGAGGCAAAACAUGACAUGGAGACGCAUGUCCGGUCCCGAAAACUGCCCCUGACCAGGAAAAUCUACGCCUUCUACCACGCUCCCAUCGUCAAGUUCUGGUCCAACACGCUUUUCUACCUGGGCUUCUUGAUGUUGUACACAUACGUUGUGCUGGUGAAAAUGAUUGAAACUCCUUCUACUCAAGAGUGGGUGGUAAUCGUCUACAUCUUCACUUCUGCCAUUGAAAAAAUCAGAGAGAUGUUCAUGUCAGAGGCAGGAAAAAUAAGUCAGAAGAUAAAGGUGUGGUUCAGCGACUAUUUCAACGUGUCCGACUUUCUGGCCAUCGUGACUUUCUUUAUCGGCUUCGGCCUGAGGCUAGGCGGAGGUGAAGCCUUCAUACCUGGGAGGAUAGUUUACUGUCUCAACAUCAUCUUUUGGUAUGUGCGCCUCCUGGAUAUACUGGCUGUUAACCAGCAAGCUGGGCCGUACGUCAUGAUGAUUGCUAAGAUGGUGGCUAACAUGUUUUAUAUAGUGGUGAUAAUGAUUGUUGUCCUGCUGAGUUACGGAGUGCCAAGGAAAGCCAUUUUAUAUCCAAACGAGGAGCCCAGCUGGACUCUGGCCAAAGACGUGGUGUUCCAGCCGUACUGGAUGAUGUACGGGGAAGUGUAUGCCUACGAAAUCGACGUGUGUGCCAACAACAGUGAAGAAUCGGUAAGGCCACUAUGUGCUGCAGGAGUGUGGCUCACUCCUUUCCUCCAAGCAGUCUACCUCUUUGUCCAGUACAUUCUCAUGGUCAAUCUUCUAAUUGCCUUCUUCAACAAUGUAUAUAUGCAAGUGAAGUCCAUCUCCAAUCUGGUGUGGAAGUUCCAGCGUUACCAUUUCAUUAUGGCCUACCAUGAUAAGCCUGUCCUCCCUCCCCCCUUCAUCUUCCUGUGCCAUGUCUACUCCCUCUUCUGCAUGUGCAGGAAGAGGAAAAAGGAGAGCACCUAUGGACCAAAGCUUUUUCUGACUGAAGAAGACCAAAAGAAGCUUCACGAUUUUGAGGAGCAGUGUGUGGAGACGUACUUCCACGAAAAGGAUGAUCAGUUUCACUCGGGAAGUGAGGAGCGCAUACGGCUAACCUCACAAAGGGUUGAGACCAUGUCCUUGCAGCUGAAAGAGGUUGGAAACAAAGUGAACUUCAUAAAGCGCUCCUUGCACACGCUGGACUCGCAGAUCGGUCACCUACAAGACCUUUCUGCUCUGACUGUGGACACUCUGAAGACUCUGGCGGCUCAGAGAGCAUCAGAGGCCACCAAGGUCCACACUCAGAUCACCCGCGAGCUCAGUCUGUCCAAGAACGUGGUCCCCAGCAUUGUUCCCAUGUCGACAGACUCAAAGUCCUCCGCUAUAGUCAAACACAGCGUGGGGGCCUACUUCGGGUCCUCUUUUCCUCAGACGGGAGCCAACAUUGCAGAUUCUCUUUUUGGGAUUGGUGCAGACUUGGGGGCUGUGACAGAAAACCGCAGGAGAGUAGCGCCCAGUUUUGGAGAAGAACAGGGGCUGGACCCCACAACGAACCUGCCACUGAGCCCAGAGAAGAAGGCCUUGAUUGGGCUUGAGUACCUUGCUGCAGAGGCUGGCUCCUCGGGCAGUGCCGGGUCCGGUGCCUUUGUCCACAGCACUGGGGCUGUUUCCCCUCCAGAGCUGCGUCUGAGAGGCCAUUCUCUCACUCAUAGUAAGCUGACCCGUCCACAAGAACUGCCUCUCUCCGAGUCGCCAUCCAGCCUGCCCAACGUGCCAUCCCAAGGUGCCCAGUUCCACAUCUCCAGCACUCCUUCCCAGCCCAGUGGUUCCAGCCAUCCAGAACUUUCUUUGGCUGGACUUCAACAGCAACCCCUCCAGCGAGACAGCAGCUCUGUAGAGUUUGGGGCUUUUGUGGGACAUAAAGACAGUUUGGACCUUCAGCAGCCCACGCCAAUAGAGACUUCAAGCAGACGGCAAAGUCCAACCACACAGACCAAAUCACAGUUACAGGGUCAGCCAGAAGGUCGCGGUCAAAUGAGAGCCGUUAAUUCGUACGCCGGCUUCACAGAGUUCGACAGAAAACCGGCCUUUCUUCAUCCUGAUUCAACUCUGACCAAGAAGGACAGAAGUAGAGUUUCAGCGGAAGAUAUUCUCAUCCAUGAAGACCCAAGAGCAGCAGUGCUUGAACGAGUUCAGGUCAAAUCAGCUCAAGCCACCAGCCUUAGAGCCCCCGGGGAAGAAACGCUAAACGUUUCAGCUGCAGUUUCCCUCUACGCUCCGCGGCACUCUCACCUUGGAGUCAGAAAGGACUCUAUUGGCUCACCCUUCAAACCCAUGGAAAGCUACCAGUAUUCUGCUGUGGAGCGCAACAACUUGAUGAGGCUGUCCCAGAGUAUACCCUUCACCCCCGUGCCCCCCAGAGGGGAGCCGGUAACUGUGUACCGCCUGGAGGAGAGCUCGCCCAACAUCAUCAACAACAGCAUGUCUUCCUGGUCCCAGAGGGGCUUCUGUGCCAAAAUCGAGUUCCUCAGCAAGGAGGAGAUGGGUGGAGGUCUGAGACGGGCCCUCAAGGUGCUCUGCACUUGGUCCGAGUACGACAUCCUGAAGCCAGGACACCUGUACAUAGUCAAGUCCUUCCUUCCUGAGGUGGUCCAGACGUGGCAGAGCAUCUACAAGGAGGACACUGUGCUGCACCUUUGUCUCAGGGAAAUUCAACAGCAGCGAGCUGCGCAGAAGCUGACAUUUGCCUUUAACCAAAUUAGGCCCAAGACGAUCCCUUAUUCACCCAGGUUCCUGGAGGUGUUCCUGCUGUACUGCCACUCUGCCGGGCAGUGGUUUGCCAUAGAGGAGUGCAUCACCGGCGAGUUCAGAAAGUUUAACAACAAUAAUGGCGACGAGAUCGUGCCCACCAACCUCCUGGAGGAAACUAUGCUGGCCUUCAGUCACUGGACGUACGAGUACACUCGGGGGGAGCUGCUGGUGCUGGACCUGCAGGGCGUUGGGGAGAUUCUGACAGAUCCUUCAGUAAUUAAGAGUGGAGAGAAGGGAUCCUACGACAUGAUUUUUGGACCGGCCAACCUGGGAGACGACGCCAUCAGGAACUUCCGCGCCAAGCACCACUGCAACUCCUGCUGUCGGAAACUCAAACUUCCCGAUCUGAAGAGGAACGACUACACGCCUGACAAAGUGACGCUCCCUCAAGAUGAUCCCCCAAACUCAGGGGGCGGAGUCAAAGAAUCCCGCCAGUCAAUGAGACUGAUGCUGUGAUCAGAGACUGUGUGUGUCUGUAUGUGGGCAGAUUUUUUUUGUUUUUUAUUUUCUGGGGGGGGGUUGUAUAAUACAUUUAAAGCCAAGGAACAGGAAGGUACACCCAAUCAACUGGAACGGUAGUGUUUCCAUGGAAACCAGUGCAUGUGGAGCACGCUCCUGCCCGUCACCGAUCCACACGUGAACAGUUCAUUCAUCCAUGCGUGGUCAGGUGGGCUGGGGCAGCAUGGUUGCAGGGGGGUAUUUAUUAAGAAGUUGCCUUGUUCUAACACAAAAAAAGAACAAAACCAAGUGCUUUGUCCAUCUGUUACAGCAGCUUCACAGAACAGCCUGCUGAGGCACUGCGGCCACACCGUUUUUAUAAACUUGUAUCAAAACUUCGUUUCUUAGCCGAUCAUGAUAUAAAUAUAUAUGAAUUUGAAAUCUUGUAAAAUAUGGGCAGAUUGCAAUGCAACUUUUACAGGAAAAUGUAUGUAAUUUUAUUGUAUUGGAAGUGUGUCCGCCACAAUCUUGCUGAUAGUUUUUAUUGUUACAGAGGUACUAAAGGUUUAUCUUUGUCAUCAACUGUUGUUAUGAGCAAAUCACAAUCCAGUGUAUCUUAUAGAUACAGUUAUGUGGCAUGAGCUGAACAAAAUCAGGGGAACUGACAAACGUUAAGGAUAUUGCUGUAUACAUUUUGUACUGAAUAUCAUUUUAAACAAAUAAAAUAUUUAAAAAAAAAAGUGGGUCCUGCCUCUUUAACUGAUUUUUUUUUUUUUGUUUUUUUUAACAGAUCGUAUCUUUGCUGUGGUUUUCUUUUUUUUCUUUACAGAUUUUUUUUGUGUUUCCUGUAACUCAAUGAAAGGAACCAGCAAAAGUUAUUUUAGUUGAGUCGAGAAUCUGGUUUAACCGCUGAGCGUUUCCCACAUUAAGCCCCAUUUAAAAAGUUUACGACUUUAUAAAAGGAAUCCUGUGGUUGUGAUGACUGACGGGAAGGUGAACGUUUGCCUGCAGAAGCAACCGAUGCAUCAGCAGUUUUUACGGCUUCUCGUCCAUCGUUACCUCCAGAUAUUUGAAUCUGAUGAAAUCUCUGGAUUAUGAUGACCAGCACCUGUUGAGCUGAAGAGGCCGCCGCCCACUCCUCCACCCGCAUGUGGGCGACGUCGUCUGCAUCUCACUUGAACUGAACAAUGUAAUCAAACAUUCCAACCUCCCAGUGGGCGGGGCUUCCUCUACAGCAGGGGGAAGUCUUGACUCAACAUCUCAGUCUUCUCUGCCGAGUGCCGACUUGACAGCUGCCAAAUCAUGACGACAGUCACCAUUAAAUACUGUAAAGGAUGAAGUUAUGCGUACCGAUACCAGGAACUGGCCGGCAUCCUCAGGCAAGUUCCUGGUGUGAAGGUGCAGGGGGUCACGGGGGAGCCGGAUAGUUUUGAGGUGCUGGUGGGUGAGCAGCUCAUCUACUCGAAGCUGGAGACCGGAAAGUUUCCUGAGGCUGAGCUGGUAGAACAAAAAGUAAGAGAACUGCUUCCUGCAGGAAGCAGUUCUAAGAAGAAUUCAAAGUUUGCCAAGCUUAAGAACAGAUGCCAUCACCAGUAGAUGACUGAUCUUUCUGCUCUCACAUUUUUUCAAAUACAUUCACAUGAAACUCGCUGAGAAUGUAAAGAAGAAGUUGAUGAGAGCAUUCAGCAGAAACCAGGAACUGAUCUGCCCUUCUGUUAAUGAAUGCACACACCUAAAACACAUGUGGUGUGUGCAGGAUGCCGUCCAGAAGCUCUUCAGCUCACGGUCCUUCUGCUGCCAUUCUUCACAUUUCCUAGUCCAGAAAUUUAAAGCUUAACUAUUCAUCAAGUUGUGUACAUAUUUUGGUGUUUCCCUCUGAGAUGCUCACCACAGACUCUCUGUGGGAGAGCGUAAAUGUUCCCAGGAUCCUCUGUUCUAAAGUUCAAUCCUCAAUUGGGCGGUGGAAAGGGAAAACGUCCAAAAAAGAAAAAAAUCUAUAAAUCCUACAGUUCUAGCAAAACGGAAAACUCUCAUUUAACCAGAUUUGGAGGCCUCACCCCCCCCCCACCCCACCCCUUUUUUUUCCUACUACAUGUUUCCCACGACAGAUGAAAGACGUGACCCGAGUUCCUCAAAAUAUGCUUUAUUGUGCGCUGUAAAUGUGGGCUGGAGCUCGAACGGCAGCCGUGAGAAUGCUUUCUUUAGAUGAGCAGCUAAAACUGAGCGGUUUCUAUAAGAUAUUUCCUUCUACAGGUUCAUGAAUUCUGUUGAUUUCUUCAGAAGUCAACAGAAUUCAUGAAAAAAAAGCAGAAGAAGUUCACGAGCAUCAUUGUCUUUUAGCAUCAGAAGUAUUUUAGGCCCUUUUCUAUCUCUACCCCUCAAAUGUUUAUCAUUGAUCCCUUUUUUAGAAACAUUUUCUCUUAUUUGUUUAGCAAAGAAAAGUCUUCCGUGUGAAGCUUCAGCUUUUAUCUUGUUUAGUGUGUUUGAUCAAUUUGACCUGAAACUCGUCUCUUCAUUGUCAAGUUGAUGUAAAGUUUGAUUAAAAACACAUCUUAUGAUUUUUUUUAUAUAUAUAUAAAUAUGUUUUACCAAGUGCUUAAAUAAACUUGGAUUGAAAUAAA